AUGAGGAGGAGGGUCGAGCGCGGCCCCGCUGCCGCGCGCAGGCCGCCCUCGCAGGCCACGCCCGCGACCUUCUGCGGCUCCCGCCGCGCGUCGGCGUCGCCCCCGGCGCCGGCCUUCCAGGCGGCCGACGUCGUCGAAGCGCGGGCGGCGGCUCCGUGCACACGCUCCGGCAUGAGGCCGCGCCCGCCGUCCCCGCGCAUCAAGGGCUUGGUGGACAAGUUCGAGGGUGGCCCCCGCUUCGGCGCAGCAGCGGGCCGUGCGCCGGCGCCCGUGGCCUUCCUCGGGUGCGCCUCGCCGCUGCGCGAGGCGUCGCGGCGCGGGGCCUGA